UCAGCCGUACGGUAGUGUCCCAGUGAAUCUAGUGUGAACCGUAAGAGAGCCGAAAACAUGCUGCUGUGUCGCAUCGUGGUGGCACUGAUGCUGCUCAUCCUCCUCCACUACUCCACGGCGGAGGAGCUGACUACCCAAGGAACGCCCUCGGCCCCAGGAUCCCAGCCCAGAGCGGCGGUCUCCACGCGGGCAGUGCACAGUGAUGCCUAUAUAGCGCGAAACCAGAAACAGUGCUUCGAGACUCGCAGUCUAGUGUCCUGCAUCAAGUACAAGGCCAGCAAGCUCAUCUGGAAGCUGGCCACCAACAGCCUGGGCUUCUUUCCCAACGAGUACGGACGCGAACUGCCCGGGGACAAGAACCGCUGGCUGCGGAUGGUCCAGCUUGGAGAACCCGCUAACGAAGUGGUUGUUUUUAACGAUGCCAAGAGUUUGGAAGGUGACAGCGAACUGACUCUUAUCUUGAAGUUCCUGAAGAGGGCGGUGGAGACCUUCGGCCGCAAUCAUGCCCUGCAACUGACGCUUUCCAGUGAAACUGGAGCCCGAGUCUUGGACGAAUCAGAGGCUCGUUUGAAGAAAAAGAAGAAGAAGUGGCUCAUCCUCCUGCCCCUGAUUAUUUUGAUGAAGAUCGCGCACUUAAAGAUGACUCUGGUCGGCCUCCUGAUGCCAGUCCUGGGAAUGAAUCUGCUUCUGGUCGGCGGUGUGGGCUGGCUAAUCCACUACCUCAAGUACAAGACCAUGUGCAAGAUCCAUCCCCAUCUGGUGCAAACGCAUUCGCACGUCUACGAAUCGGACCCCUCGGACUACUCCUCAUUCGUGGGCAGUAGCUUCUCCAACUCGUACUCCCCCUACAGCUCCGGGUCGGGGUCACCCCACGAGGUGGGUGGCGGCAACAGCUACAGCAAGGACUGGGCCACGAGUAAGGCCUACCACGGCUACAACUAUCUGGACACGAUCAGCAAGCGAAUACAGUAAGGGAGUCCUGAGAACCAAACGGUCUUGUGCCACCAAUAUUUAAAACUAAAAGAUUGUCAGCAGGCCUAGUCCUGGCAGCUAGCUCGUAUUUAGUGUAGGUAAUUUAUUUUUAUUUAAAUAAAAGUAUUUAUUAUUU